AUCCAUAACAGCUCUUUUCUUUCUUUUCUGUCUAUUAAACUGUUAGGCUUCAUAACUGAAUCAAUUUUGCGUCGCAUGUGCUACCUAUCAUGAUUAUUAAACGGCGUUCCGUGGUACUGACAGAAAUUUAUGGUCACCUCAUUACCACCGUUUAGUGGUCGCUACCGAUACGAGAUCAUUAAAAGCUCCUUCCAGAAACGCACGUGCUUGCCAAGACCCGCCCAGAAGUUUAUGCGAUUGGCCAAUCUUACGAUGACGUUGUGAGCACGUGGCUUUAGGAUACCGCCUCGAGGAACGAAGAAUUUGACUUCACUGCCAAAAAAAUAUUGUUGGACAUCGUGAGUAACCCCGACAAAACAGUCACUGGUUUCGGCUCUAAUCUUCCGAACAGAUCAGAAGGUAUCAAACGUAACCAAACAAUCUUAUCGUUAAUUCAUUCGAUUAUCGUUUAUCAUUAUUUUUUCAUGAUUAAUUAAAAUAUAUAAGUAUAUAAAUGAUACAAAGAACGUUAUAGUGAAACAUCAAAAGUGUAUAAUGAAGCUUUAGUGUAGUUUUAUUGUCAAUAGAUUGAACCUUGGAAGUUCGAUCAAGUGUAAUCGAAUUUUUUUUAAAGAAAAAAGUGAAUAACACCAAAGAUUCAUAAAAAGACAUUAAAAAUAUAAUUUUUGCGGAACUAUAAUACUAAUUGAAGAAUUAGCUUCAAUGAAUGGCUUCAAUAGCGGAGCAUUUGAGAAUAUAAGAAGAUAAUUAUAGGUGAUAGUAGUCAAGUAUUUCAAAUAUUGUCUGAUAAAACGUGCUCAAGAUGUCCAAUGAACAAUUGAAAAAAUCUGAUUCGUCGAAGGAAACGAGUGAUUCCGCGAAAAAUCCGAGAAUAUGCUCUUUCAGUAUCGAGAGAUUAUUAGCACCAAGCAAGAUACAUGAAGAAGAAAAUAAAUUUUCACAACAGACCGAUUUAUCUUUGCUUUGUCAAGAAAAUAAUGAAUUGGAGAUGAGAAUGCUUGUCGCGCCCGAUUCAUCCGUGUCAAUGGCGGAGGAAAUUGAGCUCGACGAUACCGACAUGGUAUGUUCAACAUCUCCUGAGCCAGAGAUGUAUUACGAAGCGUGCACCAGCAGUAGCGGCGCAAAUUCAACCACGAGUGCGGAUAAGGAAAAGACCGCCGCCGCUAUUAGUGACGACGAAAGGAAGAAGAGGCCACGCACGGCGUUCACCGCUGCACAAAUUAAAUCCUUGGAGGCGGAAUUUGAAAGGAACAAGUAUUUGAGUGUGGCAAAGCGACUGCAGCUGAGUAAAAAUUUAAAGCUCACAGAAACACAAAUAAAGAUAUGGUUUCAAAAUAGACGGACUAAAUGGAAAAGAAAGUACACUAAUGAUGUAGAAUUAUUGGCGCAGCAAUACUACUCGAGCUUGGGAAUUCCAGCACCACGACCCAUUUUUGUCGGUGAUCGCUUAUGGUUUUUCAAUUACCCAGGACAAUCACAAACAGGAGUACCUUUGCUCCCGCAACAUUUAACACAGUUGCCAUUACCAUCUGCAUUACCUAUUGUUCAACCAUUGCCCAGUAAUUUAUCAAUGAGACAACAAACACCUAUCUUUCAAAAUAUAUCGACUAGUCAUCUCGCGCAUCAUCUAACUCAGCGAUUGGAUUUUAGGCAUCAUGAUCCUUAAUCUUCAAGUAAAUUAUUGAUAAACAAUCGUACAUAAUUAACUAAUAACAAAUCCUUUACACACAUGAAGAAAUAUAAAAUUUUAUAUUUUAUAUCAAAUCAUGAUAUAACUGCCACAUUUUGCGUGCCAUAUGCUAUCGAGAUACUGACCAUACAAUGCGCACCUGUCAUAAUUUUUUAUUUACGUAAAAUGAAUUAGUUCUAUUUACGCAAUGUAAUUAAAUAUUUUGUUAUAUUUUUUCUUGACUUGACUAAAAAAUAAAAUUAACUUAAUCUGAAUGUAUACUUGAAAAAUAAGCAAAAGAAAUAAUAUUUGCUUAAAAAAAACUUAAAUAUGAGUUUAUUAUUAUAAAGAUGAUUGUUGAAUAUAUUUACAGAUUCAUUAUUUCCAAAAAGUUAAAUCAAUACAAUAUUAAAAUGAAUGAAAUCAGACAUAUUAAGUUAUAAACUUGAUUUG